AGAGAGAGAGAGUGGACAACCCCAAACAACCGCACUGUUAGCGGACAACUAUCAAACAACGGCGGCCUGACAGGCAUUUAAAUCAACAGAUUAUCUUCACCGGUAAACAAUGUGACCAAGUGAGAAGGACACCGUGGUGAGGACUUGUCAGAAACACAUGACAACCAACUUUGGUUGUUGUGAGAGGCGCACCAUGGCAUCUCAACCGAGUGUAUACAAUGAAGAUAGGAACCUUCUACGCCUCCGAGCAUGGGAACAGAGGAACCAAGAAACAAGCCAAGCCAAAGAACUCAACUCAGAGAAUGUGCCACUCUUUGGGCAACCAUACAAGACAAACAAAGGGGAUGAGCUUUCCAAUCGAAUCCAGAGGAUGCUGGGCAGUUAUGAAGAUGUGAAUAAUCCCUAUCCCUUUGCCAUUGAGGCUUUACCCAUUCCUACUUAUCUAACCUUCUCACAGUCAGAUCAGGGUCUGCCAAACAUGGAUAAACCAACCAAACCUCCAUUCCAUAACCAAGUCCAUUACAUGAACACCCAAAGUCAGAAACCCCCCUCUAGUACAAGUUACUCUUCUCAGCCCAUGAUGUCCACUGCCUCUUCUCCUAACCGCCAUGGACAUUCAUCCACGUUCUCAAAUGCGUCCUUGAACCACAGUGAGGGCAGUAAGCUCAGCCACUCAGCACACCAACAAAUAAAGAGUGAACCCCACUUAGAUCUCAGGGAGUGUGCCAGCCUUCCCCAGGAAAUGUCUUCUCAAUCGCCUGAUGUUAAGCCACUACCUUUCCUAUGUUCCAGUGAUCACGAUAAAACUGACACGGACACUAAGGAAACCUUUGAUGGACAUCAGAUUCAAGGGUGCACAGAUCUCCCCUUGGAGUCUGUCAGCACCAUGGAUGUUUCCACAUUUUACCAAAAACAGUCCCCCAAAGAUGCAUCCCUGCCUCAAGGCAACAAGGGCAACGCACUACCAUCCCAGACCUUCCCUUCACUCCUGUCGUCUAAGCAGCCCAGCGUAGUCAUGACCCAGAAGCCAACAGCGUAUGUGCGGCCCAUGGAUGGUCAGGACCAGGUGGUCAGCGAGUCACCUGAGCUAAAGCCUUCACCAGAGCCAUAUGUACCUCUACCGGAGUUAAUCAACAAAUCUGACCUGGGCAAAACAAAGAUACUGCCUCAAUUUUUGGAGACAAGGACAAAUGAAGUCCAGUGUGUAGAGGACAUCUUAAGGGAAAUGACCCACUCAUGGCCCCCUCUCCUGACAGCUAUACACACACCUAGCACAGGUGAACCCUCCAAGUCUCCGUUCCCAGCCAAGGAAGCAGAGCAUGUCUCUUCAUGUCCAGGACAAAAGAAGUGUGAAUCAUCUCCUGCAGAUCCAUCCCAGCUCAUCCAACAGGGCUCCUCAUCUUCAUUUCAAGCGGCACAUUCCAGAGGGGUUGAGUCUGCCAGCUCCAGCGACUCAGAGAGUAGCUCAAGAUCAGAGUCGGACAGUGAAAGCACCACAGAGGAGCCACCCAAACCCCCAGUGAGCAUCUCAGUUAAAACAGAGCCUGAGGCUCCGGCGGUGAACCAUGGUGACUGGCAGUUGGGGAACUGGAUCAGGCCCAGUCAGCAGAGCUCCAGCAGUGAAGGUCAAAGUGGUCAACAGGCCUCUGAGAGCCUCGCUCACAAACAACCACCGACCACUCAAAGUCCCAAGCACUCCAGUGUAGAGGUGGUCGACCCCGCCAGGGAGUCUAAACCACAGCUUUCUUCUCACCCGAAAGAGUUCACUGAAAAACCCCAGCAGCAUUGUGAAAGCCCUCAGGACAGCUAUAACCAGCAAAGUAGCCAACCCCCCCCCUCUGCUGAUUUAAACAGCUGUAGCAGUUCCAGGAAACUUUCAUGCAAUACACACUCCUCAAAACCAACCAAGACAGGUUGCCCAGAUCACACUGAAGCAGCAAUCGGCGUGAAGUGUGAGGAAGUUGUAGCCACGCAAGACAAAGACCCCCGUUUCAAAGAUAGACCCAAGGUAAAGACGAAAACGGGACAUGGCAAGAAAAGCAAGGACAGCAGAGACACUAAAAGACUCAGUAAGAGGACUAAACACACAUCACUUGACAAGCGGAAGGCUGGAUCUGAGCCUCAACCUCAAGUCAAGCUGACACUGAAUGGUGCUUGUCCAUCAUGUAGUGUGCGAUAUCCUAACCCCUGCUCCUGCCCCACCCAAAGUCCUGUUCAGCCUAACCAGCUGUCUCCUGUCCCACCAGUUAGACUCAGUUGUAGCAAACCCAAGUCAGGGACCACCUGUCAGAAGGACGCCAAGAUUCCUCACAAAACAACCCACAAGCUCUCAGAGAAGACUGGGCAUAAAACCAAGAGUUCUCGGGACCCCCAUAGGCCUCCUAGAUCCCUGCUGGUGAAGAUUGAUCUAAGUCUACUUUUAAGAGUUCCCCAGACCUCCGGCAACCACCAGGAGAUACCCAGAAAUGCAAAAAGAUCAGCACUGGUCAUAGAGCAAGAUGAAGGGGGCAGUGAUGCUUGUACAACACACAAACUCACCAAAACCAGCAAAAAGAGUAUACCUCAAAAUGUUGAGGUAGACAAUAAAACUAUUCCCAGGAAGAAACCGAGGCUGGAAAACAAGAAUACCUCUUCAACUCAUGCUUCUCUCAAACUGGAAAGUUCCAGCAAUUCAAAAGAGGACCGGGAUCGAAAGAAGGUCAAGAAAAAUCCUGUUCCUUUGCAGCAGCCUCUGACACCCAAAGACACUGCAAAAGACUCAAAGUCACACACACGCAGUUCUGGGGAGACGCAGGAGUCCAGUAAGGACGCUGUAAAGAGCAAAGAGUCCUGCAAGCACAAGAAGAGCAGUGGAAAGCACACAGAGCACCCACACUUUGAAAAGCAGAAGCCCCCAAAGAGUAGCCUCGCCGUCCCAUCAUCUUCACAGCCUGCUAGGGAAGCUUUGACCAACAGGCCUUUGCUCAGACUUGAGGACAGGCAGUAUCCAGUGAAGCAUUACAUAAAGGAGGCAAAAAAACUGAAGCACAAAGCGGAUGCAGAAUCAGAUAAGCUCAGUAAAGCUUUCAACUACCUGGAUGCGGCCAUGUACUUUGUUGAGAGUGGCAUUGCCAUGGAAAAAGAUCCUCAGAUUUCGAUGUCUUCCUACACUAUGUUUGCAGAGACCGUGGAACUGCUCAAGUUUGUACUGAAACUUAAAAACUCAGUGGACCCCUCUGCUCCACCCUCAGAAAAGGACUUUUUAGCUUUAUGUUUGAAGUGCCAGUCUCUCCUGCAGAUGGCCAUGUUUCGCCACAAACACAAAACUGCACUCAAGUACUCAAAGACGCUCAGAUACUUCAAUAGCUCUGCUCAGACAACACACGAUCCCUCCGUCUUAACAUCAAAAGUCACACACACCCCGUCCCCCAGCAUACCGUCUCCAGCCAACACAUCCACCAGCUCAGGCCCCGGCUCCAACCACAGUGGCAGCGGGUUGGUUGUGGACCCUGUCAGCAGCACCGUGGCGGUUCCCCAGGCCAUUGAACAAGUGGCAUUCGCCUAUGUCAACAUCACUACACUAUUCUUGAGUGCGCAUGACGUCUGGGAGCAGGCGGAGGAGCUGGCACAAAAAGGCAGCGCUAUGCUGACAGAGCUGGACACAGUAAUGGGCCCACUGAGCCUGUCGUCAAGUAUGAGCUCUAUGGUCCAUUAUACGAGACAGGGUGUCCACUGGCUGAGGCUGGACAGCCAAAAGGUAAAGUGACCAGCAACCAGCUGUUGUUCCUGAACUCUGAUACUGACCUGAACUGUCCCUCAGGCUUGUGCCAGUUGUCUAUUUUUUUUUUCUUUGCUUCACAUGGACAUGAACUCAUCUCAUCAGAAAGUGUAGACACAAGAUACCACGCUGAUCAUUGCACUUGUUAUUCAUUGUUUUCUCUUGUGUCCACUUUGGUGUCUCUCUUUCUCUCUGGCACUUUUAUGAACUUGGGUUACAUCUGCUGUAAUCCGCAUAUUUCUUGUCUUGCACCUGCUUUGUACCUUCCUGUUCCUCAGCUGGUGUCAUGGAAUCAUUUGCGAAUCAGGCCUUUAUUAAUUAUUAUAUUAUAUAAUUAUAAUUUUCCGCAGCCUUAUCAUUUGGUUGUGGUGCACGUACUGACACAAAUCUUAUUUAAUAUCAUGACUUUUGUUAAUAAUGUUACUAUUAUUGAUGACCUGAUCUGCAAAAGGACAAUUAAGUCACGACUGGUCACCACACAGUUUUUCAUAAUUGAUGGUUUCAUUUCUCUCAAAAAGAAAUUCAGUUUCCCUGUUUCAGACUGAAAUAUUGGUUUAGUUUGGAUUCAGGGAUUUUGUAUUUUUUAAACUCCGUAUUGUGUUUUCCCCACAAAUCAAGUCAGGAUCACCUGAAUUCAGGUGUGCAGUGUCACACAUGGCUGAAGUAAUUUAUGAUAACAUCUGUACUGACGACACAGUCUAAUUUUGACUAUGUAGGAAGCAAAGAUAAGUCAAAUAUGGGGAAAAUGUAUUAAAUCAGCAUUCAGUAAAAUCAUUUUAGCUAAUCCGCCAUUGGCCUUUUGUAUUUUCUGUUUUUCAAAUGAGUGUUCCCAGCUCUGGUUAGCUCUGGUUAACAAACGUUUUCUGUUUCUGCUUCAAUAAAAAGUGUGUUUAAAGAUACAUAAAUAAGAUAGGAAAAAAAAAAACGUGCCAUACAUGUUGAAUGUAGAAAGGUGUUGUCCGUAAAAAAGAUGCAAAGUAGGAAAGGUUUUAUUGAUUCAGGGGAGACGUACCUGCAUUCUUUGCUGAAUGAAGUCGUCGUCGUGUAUCGGGUGUAACCGUAGCGUCGGUGGAACUCAUGCUCAUGCCAGACGCAGGUUUGCAUCUUGACUCUUGUCUGCGUCGUACUGAAUGAUGAUUGGAAGUUUCUGAUGUCGUGGUUUUGGUAUGAUGGUUGGUGGCUGCAGCUCGUGGUCGUGGCAGAAGUGAUGUUGACAAGUAGUGGCUAGUUUGUCAGACCAAAGCAGGGUAGAUAUUAUUCUUGUCAUAUUGCACUCGUACCCUCCUACUGGAAAUUAUACAAGAAUCAAAGUAAAGUAAAAAUCUUAAUUAUAGAUAGUUUCUUGGUUAACUACUUGCAAGAACAAAAAAAAGGGGGGGGGGGAUCAUUUUACAUCCCUGACUUUCCUUUGGUAUUGUGUUGGAUGUAGUGGUUCAAAUUGGCCAUUAGUUUGAGUUACCUUUCAAGUAUAGUGACUACCACAGUCAUUCAACACACAUGAAAUUACAGUAGUGCUCCCUUAUGUUUUUGCCCUAGUAAGCUGCUUUCCUCUCUGUUUCCCACACUUUUGUUGAGUAGCAAAAUGUUGAGUUGCAAAAUGUUUACUAAAUCUGUGGGAGUAGAAUAAAUGGCCAAACUAUAGCUUACUGAAAAAUGCACUUUUUUGAGUAUUUGUAGUUAAUUUCAGUGCGUUAUUGGACAAAAGAGCAGCAUGUUCUCAAGACCAGCAGGACUGUGCUGGUCUUUACUCUUGUUUAUUGUAACUUUGAUUCAAAGCAAUAAAGCAUGAGCUUUGUUGGCUCAAUUUUUUUCUAGUGAGGUGUCACACGUUCUUCUAGUGAUGCAGGAAAAGAAACACUGCUUUGGAUUAGCACAGUCAAAUGCGUACAAUUGGGCUUUGAAAUGUUUCGCUUGUUAAUUCAGUUGGAGUGUGGAUGCAAUUAAAUGAUAAAAGGGCUAAAUGAGGAUCACAAAGUGUUCCUGACUUUAUUUUCUCACAAAUGAUAGUGAUAUUUUUUUAAGUAAGGAGCGAGUACACUGGUUCCACGGCAUUUGGGAUUUUUUUUUUUAUGUACGGAUCAUCAGCAGGCUGCUCUGAAAUGGUCCUUGGAGUUUCUUACCACAGAUGUCUACACUGCACACAAGAUCAUUUUGGCAUUCAACAUACAUAAAGUGCAACUGCAACAGUAUUUUUCUUUUUUUUCUUUUUUUGGUGUUCUUGUCUUUUCCAACAUGUGGCUUUAUUUCCAUCUUCCUUGAUUGUUGGUGCUUUGUUUAUGAAUUACUCUGCAACAAGUUUACACUUCCUGUCCAAAUAAUUAUUUACUGGAAAAAUACUGAAUGGAAUUUGAAGGAUGCUUUUUUUCAUUUUGUGAAAUAUGUAAAGAAUUUGUGUUGCAGUGUACAAAGAUGAAUAAACACUGGAAAUUUA